AUGGAGUCCGAAGCGCUCGGCGUGCCCGCCGAGAGUACGCUCUUGUAUAAGGUGUCGGGCGGGCUUGACAUCGUUAUCGACGAGCUCGUCCUGCGCAUUCGCAACCCUGGGGACACCGAGACGCGGCUGCGCGCGUGCCUGCUGGGUGUGCGUUAUUGCCCGGCGAUGCCUUCUGGGUCUCCCACGCACGACCUCGACAUGGCCAUCCGCCCGAACUUGGAACGCUGUGCGGUGGCGUAUAGCUACAGCUUCGAGGUGCAGUCCCUCGAGCUGGCGCUGGUUCCUGUGGUCGGGGAGCCGUGGGCCGCCUCCGGGGACGCGGUGGUGGGGCUCUGCGGCCUGAGGCUCUCCUCGCACGGCAGCUGCCCCGCGAGCCGCCUCCACCAGGCGCCCUUCUACAUGGAUGGCGUUCUGUCCGUGGAGAUUGGGGAGAUCAACGCAACCAAGGGCGCCGUUCCAGUUGACGGCCUGUCAAGCCUGAUCGAGGUCAUGAGCCGCAUGGUGUUGAGCGACAACCUCCGGGCGAUUGGCUCUGCAAGGGUGGUUAUCACUUCCCCCCUCCUGUCAGGGGGUACACUCAUCAUAACCCCCUCCCGUGCACCCAGAUCCAAGCCUAGAUAUACGACACAGUGGGGCCGCUCCUUCUACGCGGGCUCAAGUUUGCCGCCUUUGGUGCCGCCCAUGUUUUUUUCCUGA